AUCAUCUGUUCUCCCUCAGAGAAAGUGACUGAUCGUCUCUGUCGUUGUUUUCGUUGCUCGAAAGUGUAAGUUUUUCCCCCGCUUCGCCCGCGCUGCUGCGUAAUACUCUCUCUCUCUCUCUCGGCAGCGACGCCUCCGUAAAGUGUUCAGGGAUUUACCUCUAGUGGCGGUGGACACCUCGCCGAUUUAUGGCCUUUGAUCAUGAUAUGAUGGAUCCAAAGGUAUGUGAGUUGGUUGACCACUGGCAUGCACUUCACAAGGAAGGACGUUUUUCGUCUCUCAACAUUCGUGAUUAUUGGCGUCUAAAAGUUCCUGAAAUCUAUUCACCUCAGCAAAAUUGCAACUGCCUGCGCAUCAGUUAUGAUGAAGAAGUGGCACAGAAACUCCUGUUUGAUCCCUUGGAAAGUUUUAUGUGUGGAGGAGAUCCUUCCCAAGUGUACCAAACUCUUAGGCAGCUAGAUAACCCUCCUUCACUAUGUGGUAGAGUGUUCAAGAAUGGCGAUCCAACAUACGGUUGCAGAGACUGUGGAAUGGAUCCCACGUGCGUUCUUUGUGCCGACUGCUUUAAAAAUUCUGCGCAUUGCAAACACAGAUACAAGAUCAGCACAUCAUCUGGUGGUGGCUACUGCGACUGUGGAGAUCGGGAAGCGUGGAAAACAGAUGUCUUUUGUCACAUACACAUCAAAGGUCAGAUGGUGCAACAAAAUGAAAACCCGUUAGAAAAGAUACCCCCUGACCUGACAGAGAGAAUUCAGCUAGUUUUUGAUACAAUCCUACAAUAUGCAAAAGAGCUGCUGACUAUAGAAGAAGCGUUCAGCAUUCCGAAGGAUCUAGAAUUACGCGAAUCGGAUCGAGAACCAACCAACAUGUCUAGUUUGUAUGACUACAAAGAUACUUUUGUUACCAUGCUCUACAAUGAUGAAACACAUACUUAUGACCAGGUAAUCACUACUUUAGAACGUGCGAUUGAGUGUUCACAAAAGGAAGCUGUAGCAUAUGCAACUAGUAUUGAUCGAGAAGGGAGGUGCAUUGUGAGAUGUUCAGAUUUUCACAAUUGUUCCACAUCUAAAACCUUAAUGGAAAAACACACUUCAAGAGGAGGUGGCAGGCCUUUAAAAGUCCAGGUGAUGCACUCGUAUGUCAUUGCACAUCAAGUGUUUGCUUCGAGAUUGCUGACUUGGCUACACAACAUUUUGGAGUCUGCACAAGCCUUUAGACUUAUUUUUAGUGAUAUAGUGAACAAGGAUAAUGGCAGCAUUGUGGAGAACAUUAUUUGGACGGAUACAAAGAUGUGGAAAACGGCACGUGUUCAGUGGCAUAGACUUUUCAUAUCAGGAAUGCUUAUGGACCAGGAGAGCAAGAAAAUGUUUGCAAGGAUAUUUACCAAACACUACAGCAAAAUGAUGAAAGAUUUCAUCCUCGAUGAUCAUGACCAUGCCGUUUCUGUUGCCUCCUUGGGUGUCCAGCUUUUUACGAUGCCAACCAUUGCUCACAUGCUGGUCGCAGAUGAGGAUGUUUUAGUGCGUCUUCUGAACACUUUCUUGUCAGAGUGCGAGAAAAAGUUAAAAGACAAUAAGUUGGCGCUUGAACAUCGCAGCUCAAACACUUCGUCUUUCCGUCGUAUCCAGUACAUCCUUUAUGAUCUCAAAUACCUACUAGGAGUAAAGCCAGAAGCAUGGACGGAUGACUUGAGGCGUGGUUUUCUUCAUGGUUAUAAUUUGAUUUUGCGCCUCUUGAGUAUGAUGCAGGGCAUGGAUCCAAUGGUGAGACAAGUUGGAACACACAUGGAGUAUGAACCAGAGUGGGAGUCAGCAUUUAAUCUCCAUAUCAAGCUUGCCUCAGUCAUCCCGCUAGUGAUAGAGUGGGCUGCCUCGGACAGAAUUGUCCUUAUAAAAGCUUACAGAUUGCUGCUUAGGGAAUUAGGAGAUACGUGUACAGAAGAUAUGAAGAGGCGGUAUGUACGAGAACUUCUUGACUACUCUGUUUCAUGCAUUGAAUAUGAUGUGUCAUCUGCUCCAGUUUCUAUUCAUCUUCCACUCUCAAGAAUUGCAGCUGGGCUUACAUUACAUUUAGACAAGUAUGGAUUGAAUUACAAUUCCCCAGAGUUUCACGUCAAAGGAAAACCAUCUCCCGAGGAGCUAAUGGAACCUGUGCUCAGGACGCAGGUUAUGAUUGCACAGGUUCAUGCUGGAAUGUGGCGAAGAAAUGGGUUUUCACUCAUCAAUCAGAUCUACUUCUAUCACAAUGUGAGAUGUCGUCAGGAAAUGCUUGACAGAGAUGUAAUGCUGCUACAAAUUGCAGCGACGCUUAUAGAUUCCAACGAGUUUUUGAUCCAUUUGCUGAAUCGCUUCAAUCUCAUGAGCUGGGCUCGUGAAGAUUAUGAGAUCAAUUAUUUAAGAGGAAAUGAUGAAGACAACAUGAGGCAGACUGUAGUAUUAGUGGAAGAGUAUUUACAGUUAGUCAUGACCUUGGUGUCAGAACGAUACACCCCGGGUAUUGGUCAGAUUUCUGAAGAGGAACGCAUCAAGAAGGAAAUUAUACAGCUCCUUUGCAUUGAACCAAUGCCUCAUUCUGUUCUAAAUAAGGCACUUCCAGAAGGAACUAAUCAUGAAACUGGCAUGGAAAAGGUAAUUGAUGAAGUAGCAGAUUUUAAGAAAGCAGCAGGUGCAACAAAGGGAUUAUUUGAACUGAAGAAGUCCUACUAUUCUCAUUAUAAUCUCUUUUUCUAUCAUUACACUCGUGAAGAACAAAGCAAAUCAGAGGUGGCCCAGCGCUUGAGAAAAAAGAAUGCUGGGGAAGAGGAAUGCUGUCCACCUCCCGUUCCUCCUCCAUUCACAGUUCCCUUCACUAUGAUUGUCAAUGUCUUGCAGUGCGAUGUUUUCCUUCACACCAUUAAAACGGUUCUGAAAAGGAUGAAUGAAGCUAAAGCCCGAAGUGUCAGUGAAUCUCAGCUCCAGAAAGUCCUACACCUUAUUGGAUAUGCCCUCCAUGAGGAAGAGCGCUACCAUCAGAACAAUGAUCCUUACUUCCACUUUACAAGGAGAGCUCAGAAGAUUGAACUUUUGUCUCUCCUAGAGGACCUCGUUGGCCAUCAUCGAACAAAUACCCACAAAGACCUCUUGUCAUGGACCAUUAGGAAGUACCAUUCAGUUUUAAAUCUGUCCGCUGGAGUCACGAAGCCACCUCAGGUAACUGAAGCAGCCCUGGCCACUGCUUCAACGUCCGUGGCCGGCAAUGCGUCGGCGGAAAAGAAACGAAAGGCUGAUCUUGUGGCACAGAGAAAAGCCCGUAUUAUGGCGAAGAUGGCUGCCAUGCAGCAGAGCUUCAUCAAAACAAAUGAAACAUUGUUUGAGGAAACUCCAUCAACAGUUGACCAAAUUCCAGAUGUCCCUGAACCAACACACAUGGAUAUUAGUGAACAGCUACCCGAGGAUAUGAUAGCUAUCGGCCCUCGACAGACACUUAGGAUACCAAAAGAAAUUCCGUAUACGUGUAUCCUUUGUCAUCAAGAGGAUAGUGUUGGUUCAGGUGAGGGCCCCACUGGCCGUCCUAUGGUACUUGGUGGUCUUAUUCAGAGAUCUACAGUUUUGUCUCGAAAUCGUGCCCUCCGUGUCGAGCAACCAGAAAACCACGAUCCUUUGAUACUACCUGCCGACCUACAUUGGGGUGUCCAUACUUCAUCCUGUGGUCAUGCUAUGCAUGCCCAGUGCUGGCAGAAAUACUUCGAGGAUGUCCUAACCAAAGAAAGACGAAGACCGUACCGAUUCCGUCAAAACCUGAGCUUCGACAUAGAGAAGUCCGAAUACUUGUGUCCACUCUGCGAGGCCCUUUGUAACACGGCCCUGCCCUUGCUUCCUGGGGUGACCUACACGGCUGCUAAAAUGCGAAAUACCCAGGACGUGCCACCAGCCAUCUUAAUGGCGGAUUGGCUGAAGGGACUGCAGGCUGUGCUCAAGUUAAAGACUGUCGUGAUGUCAGGAGUACGACCAGAUGAGGAAGGAACCUCCCAAGAUGACGUGGACAUGGAGGCAGCACAACAGGGAGGUUCGGUAGUAACCUCGGGGUCCGUGGCUUUUGGCAUUACCGUACCGACAACGGCAGGCUCUGUGGGUGGUGGGGGGAGUGCCUCUGUUGUAGUAUCUAGAUUAGUCCCAGGGACUGCUGCUGUAGACCGGCAUCAAAGCCAAGGGGCAGGGGGGCAGAGGGGUAGGCCACCGCACUGGCCAAAAUUACAUCACCACAAAAAGCAUAAAAAGGGAGGAGAUGGAAAAGAAGAAAAGGAUGAGCUACAGAACUGUGCCGAGGGAAUUUGGACAUCGGCUCCUUUCCCCAAAGUCAGGCUCGAGAUCAUGGCUUUGUCGUCACUCGAAGCUGCCGAUACAUUUAGCUAUUUGUUCAACCAUCCAGGGUCGACUACCAUACCAGUGAUAGAAUCCCAUACAUCAGACAUGAUGGCAAAUUUUGCACAUGCAGUUUAUAUGCAUGGUUUAGGUGUAAACCCCAACUUCUCUAGCAGAAGAAUUCCUUUAAUGGUUUGGGAUACUGUUGCUUACACCAUUCACACACUGGAGCAAACACAGCGUAAUGCAAAUCGCGCCCUUCUAACAGCACUGUCGUCUCGUCAACAUGAUUGUCUGGCUGCCCUUGUGAAAUUUGCAGCUCACGUGCCAUCUUGUGUUAAGAAGAAGCAGCACAUUGAAGGAGCAAGUUUGCGUUUAUUAAGUGUUGUCUUGGAAGGUGGAGAGUCUGCGCCUUGCUUCUUAGAAUGGGAUACAUUCAGUGUUCUUGUUACUCUGAGUCUAAGCUUACCGUCAAUUUUCCCUAACAUACAGGGAAUGGCUAUUGGCUCUGCUCAGGAUCUGUACCUCCUUCAAGUGUGCUUCUUAGCUCAUCUUGUACAACUUCUCAUCACAUACGAGCCACAGAAUACUGAAAUGGAUGUGGACCUUGACUAUGAUAAUAAUGAACUGGUUGAAGAACAGAGCAGCAGCGGCACAAAUAGUGAUGCCUCGUGGCUGGUGUCCGUUUUGACCUGUUGUAGGGCAUUAGCUAACUUACCUCCCUUGAAUGUUGAUCCUCAACACCUCCUUGACUAUAUCAAAGAAAAUAGCUUGCCUUUCUUGAGAUGUUGCGGCCUGUUCUUCCAUUUCUUAACUGAAGUCCCUACUCCUGAGGAACUACAGUCAUCUGUCUGGGUACCAGAGUCAGAGUUCUACUGCCUUCUUCGAUAUCUUGGAUUGUCUAUGAAUAGCCUUAGGUCAACGUUUGACAAUCCAGCAUUAAUGGAGCUAGUCAACAGAUGGUGUAGUGAUAAUCGUGUUGGAACCUUGGUAGCUGGUGCUGGUAGUGAAGGUUGUGUUCAGUCAUGGACGCGUAUUAAUCAGCUCGUCAGCCUGCCUCCAGACUACUCUGAAUUGAUCAAUACUGUGUCACAGUUUCCAUGUCCUGCAUCUUCAGGGGAUGACUCAAGAACACCUACAAUGUGUCUUGUGUGUGGAAAAAUGCUCUGCUCGCAGAGCUACUGUUGCCAGACAGAAUUUCCUGAAGGUACUCGACAGAUGGUAGGAGCUUGCACUUACCAUGCCCAUCAUUGUGGUGCAGGAACUGGUAUUUUCCUAAGAGUGAGAGAGUGCAAGAUUUUAUUGUUGUCGGGAAGAAUUAAAGGAUGUUUUGUCAAUCCACCAUAUUUGGAUGAAUAUGGAGAAACUGACCAGGGCUUGAAACGUGGAAAUCCUCUUCACCUGGAUAACACUCAGUAUGGGCGAUUACAUGCCAUAUGGCUUUCACAUGCUAUACCAGAUACCAUAGCCCAUACCAUGGAGAGUAAUUCCAAUGUUGUGGCAACUGAAUGGCAACAUCUCUAAUGUUUGCAGCAUUAUCCUUAUCACUGCCUGCCAGGACAGGGCCUUUCAAUCCAUUUCCAGUAAGGUUGGUGUGGCAUUCGUUGUACAUAAUCAUAAAAUCUUGGUACACCUUCCUUAGACUUGAGCGGAAUUUUUUGUAUUUACUUUGGGCUUUUGAAAGCCCAUGCACCUUCAUUGCCUAUUUGUCAAAAUUUUUAUGGUAAAAUCAUAAUUUGUAUACAGCCCUAUGUUUAGAUCCUCUCUCUCUAUGUUAUUGUGGCUUGAAAGAUCCUUGGCAGUUUUGUAUAUAUGUACUGAUUUAUAUAGGUUUGUAGCUGGAAAAGGAAGUGUUCCUAAAAGUUUGGAGAAAAAAAUGAACUAAAAGUUAGUAAUGUGAUUACUAAUUAUGAAGCUUAUACAAAUUUGUACACAAAAUAAUUAUGGAAUAUUUACACAGUAAUGUAGCAUUUAAUUUUUUUAUUUGACAUUUUUAGUAGAAGUGUGGCCAUAUUCUUCUAACGUAGGUAAUAUAGUUAGCGAUUUGGUUUGUUAUGAGUUUUCAACUACAAAAAUUAUAUUUAGUGGCAGAGUUAUUAGUUAUUUAUUGAGUAUUUAUAAGCUUUUUAGUAGUUUCAUUUUCCCUGGAAUGAAUACUUUUCAAAUAACUGCAAGACCCUGAAGAAAGUUUUUUUGGUGCCAUCACUUUUGUAAGUAUUUUAAAUUAUUAGAACAUUACUUGCAGUGGUCAUUACGAUUCUGAUUAGGUAAUUGUAACACCACACUGUAAAUUGAUGAUAAAAUAAUUUUACCAACUGUGCAUGUUGCAAUAAGGUAUUGUCUGUGAUACAUUAUCAAAAGAUUGUGAGUGACUUGAUCAAGAUGAUACUUUUUUAUGGUUUUCAAAAAGUCUCUCUGACUCCCUUGGUGCUUAUAAAUGAUGAUUAUUGUAAUUAGGCAGUCAUUUUAUCCAUUUGUGUUCCUCUUGUAUAACCAGUGACAGGAGCAUGAGGUGAGCAAUCUCAGUGGUAUAAUAAAUCAGAAACAUUUGAGACAGUGUAGCUUUUUUUUUUUUAAGAACACAAGUCAUGACCAUCAUAUUCAUGUUUUUUAGUUUUAAGGAAGUUAUAAUAAUGCAUAUUUAUUGAGGAAUCAUGUUUUAUUUUGCUGUUUAGCCAAAAUGGUUAGUUUUUGAAAGGCAGAAUACUUUUAUCUUAUAUCUUAAGAGGAUUGUUCCUUGGUUUCAUUUUUGAAAUUUGGGAAAAAUCAUAUGCAGGAUAUUACAUAUAUUUUGUUCUAUAUUCUUUACAAAUGUGUCAAUCCUAGUAGUUGCACUGUACUUAAUCUGUGGCAGCAUUUCAUAACUGAAGCUUUAAUUUGUAGAAUUUCAUAAUUCUAAUACCUAAAGUAUGUUCUGUGAAAAUAAGACCCAAAUACUUGCCAGUAACCAUGACAGUGUUAUUGGUUGUGAUAGGUAGGAGUAGAACUUGAAAUGAAAGGGAUAAAAAACUGGAACAUAAUGACUCAGGCUUAAGUAAGCUGCCACAUCCUUGUACAAAAAAUUAGAGAAUCUUCAUAUAGUGUCACAUUCAGAGCACUGUUGUUUCUUGGCAUCAUGUAAGGAUGCUUAUGUAGGGAGAUUUUAAUCUCUGCUGUAGAUAGCAACUUGAAAGUUCAACUGUAAGCCUGGGUAUACAUAUCGUGGCUCACAACUUGGAAAUAUGAUCCCUUUUUAUUAUUUCUUAAGGUUACUGUAUGUGCCCCAUUUUGUAAGAUCAUGAAUCUGUAUUGUAUGUUAUCUCUGUUACUGGAUGUGUGAAUAUUGCAAUAUUACAUUUGCCUUGUUUCAAGGAAUUUUUUUACAAGAGAAAUAUUGUAUAAAAUUUAUUUUCCAAAAUAUGUUGUAGAAAAAUCUCUUGCUAACAAAAGUAGUCUGGUUAUUUUUUUUAAUUUAUAUUGAUGCAGUAGAUGUAUUUCUCCAACUCAGUGCAUAAUUAGGAGGGAAAAUCGUAGAAUGUUAUUUAGUAAUGACAGUCCUAGCUUCUGCUAAUUCCUUGUUGUAGAAAGAAAGGACUGAUUUGACACUACUUAAUGAGAUUUAAGAAAAAUCCUUUAUUCAGUGAUGUAGUUUUUCCACAAUAGGCCGUUAACAGUGAAAAAUUCAGUAGGUAUAAUAAUCCUGAACUGGCAAUAUUAAUUGAUAAUUUACAGCUUGAUACCUUGCCACUGUCACGAUUUUGAUAAAGGCAAAACAACUAAUUAAAAUGAAUAGUAUGUGGUGCAACAGCCAUGAUCAUUUAAGGAGGCUGGUGUGGAAAACCAAAGGAUUUAUAAGCGCCUCGGUGGCGUGAUUGGUAUGGUGUUUGCGUCCCACCUCGGUGGUCGCAGGUUCGAUUCCCGGCCAUUCCAUUGAGGAGUGAGAGAUGUGUAUUUCUGGUGAUGGAAGUUCACUCUCGACGUGGUUCGGAAGUCACGUAAAGCUGUUGGGCCCGUUGCUGAAUAACCACUGGUUCCAUGCAAUGUAAAAACACCAUACAAACAAACAAAGGAUUUAUAAAAAUGUGAUAUAAAUGGUAUUUUUGAUGGGUGGAAAUUCUGAUUCUUUCUGUAUGAUUUGAAUUUAUAUAUUCUCAUUUCGGAUCUUUAACGUUGUUUUAACUUUAUCUUUAAUAAUUUUCAGUCACAUUACCAGACUUCUGUAGGGCUUACCCAGUGUGAAAGGUGAAAAUCAGAGUAAACUUGAAGAAAGUGAACAGCAAAAUGGGAAGAGACUUAUGGGAAAGAUAGUAGUAGUAGUAGCUGGUUGUGAUUUUGAUAAGAAAACAAUAGGCUUUGAAUAUGGAGUGGGAGGUGAAGGUUAGGGAUAAUUCCUAACUUUUGUUCAAACUUCACCUUCUUUGUACUGGCUGUGCCAUUUUGCCACCUAUGUUGGUACUAUACUUUUUUUUAGCAAGUUCUUAUUGAUGUGAAUCACUCUCUUACUACAAUACUUUUUGCUGCCAUAACUCAACUUGAGCUUGGUGACCAUUGAUAAUUUUGAAGCCUAAAGUUUUACCAUGAACUAGGUUUUAAGCAGAGUAAUCUUGUGCAGGACUGAUCAUGUGUAUGUGGACAAAGUUAUUAAGAAAAUACUUAUGGCUUUGAACUCCUCUCCACAACCCUUGAACAUCUCUGAUGUUUGCUCAAUUCUUUGGAUAUGCUCUUAGAAAACAAGGACAAAGUUUACUUUAACUUGCCCAUCAAGUAGAUCUUUAAAAUCACUGCCUGCCUACUUCAUAGAAAUUUUGUAGGUCAACCAUUGACAGCAGUGUGUAGUAAUAUAUGUAGGUAGGUAAUCUGGUAUAACAACUUGGAAUAAUAGUAGCUCUGUAGGUGCAUUUUAGAAUUUUUUUUUUAUCUAUCUACUUGCUAAUUACAUAAAUCUGUUACUCAUGGAAGGGGCAAUAUGGAUGUCUUUAAUGUCACAUACACCUAUACAAUAUAUUCCAUAGAAGGUUGUUUCUCUGCAUCAUAACAUCAUCUCUAGAUUAACCUUCUGACCCUGUCAUCAUGACCUGAUCAUCUAUGAUAUCCUAGAAUGAGAAUCCAUAAAUUGUAAUCCCUACAAGUGCACAUCAGUUUUCCUGAGUAAGUCAAUCGGUCUACUGUAGCUAAAAAGGACUAGAUAUUUUUUUUCAAGUGUACUGUAUCUUUUAUGGAAAGAAGUUGAUGUUACACAGCUUAUGACAUAACAUGAUGUCUAUAUGUACAGUACUAUUUUCUGAGAUGACUUUCACCUGAGUUUAUUAUGGAAGUGUUUGGAAUCUGCUGACUUAACUUUUUUUGUAACGUGACGUAGGACCAUUGCAAUUUAUUCCACCUGCUGCAUUUUCUUAUUACAAUAAUUACACAUUGAAUCAAGGGAAGAAAAAUCAGGAGUGAACAUUCAGCUUGAAAGUUAUUUGUAUAGGCUGUUCAUGCACAGAUACAUGGACAAAAUUGAUGCUUCUAUCCUGUGGAAAAAUGUUAGGUUUGUUAUAAUUUCACUUGCUACAUGUCAGGAUUAAGAAUAAUUUUUCUUUUUACUGACCUUUUCUCAUUGAGAAGAGUUGUGUAACCCUAAUAAUUUUGUAUGGUAAGGAGCAAAAUAGAAAAUGGAAAGGAGUGGAGAUUUAAGUAUUCAAGACUGCUUUUGUGUGUAUAAAGCCUGUUUUCUUUCUUUGAAUUGUUUGUGUUUUAUAUCAUUGUACUUUUACAUCAGUAGAAGUGCAGUGUUACUAUACUUGCAUAUUGCUUACAAUAUUGCUCUAGAUGGCAAUGUUUGAGAAACAUUUAUGUACACUUCAUGAGUAUGAUCAGCUUAUGUCAUGAGGGGGUUACAACAGUACAAGACUGAAAGGGUUCAGUUGUCGAGUCAAGCACUAACUGAUGUUCCCAUUAGAUAUUUUUGACCCAACUUUUGAUGCAUGAGGUCAUAAAAACCCAGUCAUACUAAGUUAAGGACACUGAAAAUGAACUGUAUUGUUUAGGUAUAGGGUUUUUUAUACACAGGAUCAUUGCAUAAUACACUUGCCUAAACCACAACUUGUGUGCAAGUCUUUAGCUACAGUACAUGAUGGAUUUUAAGGAACUUGUAUUAAUGUAAUGUUUUUCUUUUCUAUUAUUGUUAUUUCUCCAGAAAAAAAUGCACUGGCUUGGCAAAAGCUGGAAGCAUUCUGUAUCUGGUAUGUAGAAGCAACCGUAUACUUUAAAAGGAAAUUCAUUGUAAAUUUCUUACAUUAUGUAUAUAAAUUUUAAUAAUAA